AUGACCAUAGUGACGCGUUCACUACCAUUAUCAUCACUUGAGGCAAGACACAAAAAGUUUCGAUAUCGUAUCAUUAACAAUGAUGAUAGGAUAAGCAAACUUCCAGACGAACUACUGCAUGACAUCCUCUCGAGAUUGUCCACUAAAGAAGCGACUCUUAAGAAUCACUGUGGCCCCCUAGAAAGCUGCAUUAUCCACCAUUACUUAUCACAAUACGAAAAUGGUACGCUCGAAAGUUGGAUCAACAUAGCGACUCGUAUGAAAGACACUAAAGAUCUCACACUUGUAAACCAUAACUACCAUGGGAUUGAUGAACGUCCACGUGCCUUCAGAAAUUGCUCGAAUCUUAAGACCCUCAAGCUUUUAGACAGUGUCAUCACCCAGGCUACUCUCCUUACCAAUGUUUUAGCAGCUUGCCCCUCCCUCGAGUGUAAAAGCUACAAAGAAUCGAGUGUGGCUGAGUAUUUAUCGGCUAAAGCGGCGGGAUGGAACACGAGGCUGAUCGUCGAGACUUGGAGACGAGGAGAUCCGAUCGCCACCAGCGUCGGACUCGCCAUCGCGGCCAUCCAUACGUGCGGAAGACACGUGUGCAUAGUUCCCGACGAGGAGUCGAGAACGGAGUACGAGAAUGUGAUGAAAAGAGCUCUUGCGAGUGAAGCGACGGAAGUAGUGGUUGGAGAAUCGGCGGAGGAUGUGGUGGAGAGACUUUCCGGCGUGGAUUUCAUGGUGGUGGACUCGAAACGCCGAGAGUUCGUUAAGGCGUUGGGAUUAGCGAACACGAGCGAAAGGGCUGCCGUUUUGGUGUGCAAAAACGCCACCCAUAAAUUUAUCCCUGGACUUAAAUGGCACGGUGUUUUGAGAAGAGGCAUACGUGUCCCGUUGGAUUAA